AGCAGUUAGUGCUCUUAUCCGCUGAGCCAUCUCUCCAGUCCCCAGCAAACAGUUUCUAAGAGCUUUUCUAUAUCAGAUAUUAAAGUAGGCCUAUUUGUAAGCGUUCCUUCUGAGACUUUCAGAGGAGAAACAACCAAAUAGAGAAGACAGAAGAUACCAUGUAGUCUAACCAGGAAUUAUCAGAGGGUUAUGUGAGCUCAGAUGAUACUUGUCCUAGGCAUUUCAGAAGACUUCUGAAGAGUUGGUAUAUCUGACUACUGAAGAUGAGUUCUUGUUAGCAAGCCUAGAGAAAAAUGAAUGUAAAGAUUGUGCAGGGCAGUCUACUGGUGUGACCUUCCAGAGUUGGACAGACGUGGUUAGCUAGGGCAAACUUACGGUGUUUGAAUUUGUUUCUGAGAGCAAACUAGGAGACAUUAGAAAAUAUGUUUGGUAUCCCGUGAUAAAGUCCCAGAUUAGUCAGUUGUCUUUUAACGAACCGGUGCUGGGCUCUCCAGGCAGCUCCGCCUCAACCAGGCGACUUGAGUGAACUACCGCCCCGGAAGUGACGCGCUGCCCCGCUGGCGGUGCGGAAGUGGAGAUGGCGGAGCUGUACGUGAAGCCGGGCAACAAGGAACGCGGCUGGAACGACCCGCCACAAUUCUCCUACGGGCUGCAGACUCAGACUGGUGGACCAAAACGCACUCCCCUUACUAAGAGGGUCGCGGCCCCACAGGAUGGAUCCCCUAGAGCUCCAGAAACUUCUGGACCACCUCCAGUGGAUCAUCCACCUCCUUCAAGUAAGGCUUCUAGGCCUCCGCCUAUGGGGAGCUGUGCUGCUACUGGUGUGGAGCCCCCAAGUUCCCCAGUCAUUGAGUCUGAAACUCUGAUAGAAGAUGUGCUGAGACCUCUGGAACAGGCAUUGGAGGACUGCCGUGGUCACACAAAGAAGCAGGUAUGUGAUGAUAUCAGCCGACGCUUGGCGCUGCUCCGAGAACAGUGGGCUGGAGGGAAGUUGUCAAUACCUGUAAAGAAGAGGAUGGCACUGCUAGUGCAAGAACUUUUACAUCACCAGUGGGAUGCAGCAGAUGACAUUCACCGAUCACUCAUGGUUGACCACGUGACUGAGGUCAGUCAGUGGAUGGUGGGAGUAAAAAGAUUAAUUGCAGAAAAGAGAAGUCUAUCUUCAGAGGAGACCAAAGAAGAGAAAUCUACAGUGGAACCUGAGAACCAGACAAUACCAGGCUUCCAACAGUCAUCAUAAUGCCCGUGGCUCCCCAGACUCACUUCACCUGACUUCCUAUGCCUUAGUGUGGAAGGCUUCUUCCUUUUUACCACCAGGGAGACUAUUGGUCUUUUUGGUCUUGACCAAAGAUCCUAUCUAGGCCACUGCAAGAUCACUUGUUAUUCAUGUACAUUUCAAUAAACAUUUCAGUGGUGGGAAGUGGGUAGGAAAGGUGAGCCAUUCUGAUGCCAGACUGGUUCUUUGUGGUGUCAGCUUCCCUGCUCUAUGGAUACUA